AUGUUUCAGGAAGCAUAUGCGCUGAUAAUAAGCCAGUUACGUCGUGGACGUAAGCGUUGCGUUUUAGGCGAGGGGGAAACGCCAAUGUAUGUAAAUGUUGACAUGCGAGAUGGCUCGCUGCUAAAUACUUGGAUCGAUGCUUUACAGGCUAGUUUUGCGGCUGUUCAAGUAUUGAAUGGCGAUAUUGAUGAAGCAGUUUGCAUCCAUGCCAUAUAUUAUUCACUAUGGAAACGGUAUGAUGCCCUUCCUGAAAGAUAUAAUUGGCACUUAAAGAUUCCCGACGUAUAUUUUUAUCCGCUAAGACCGGAACUAGCUGAAUCAACCUACAUGUUGUAUCGUGCUACACAAAAUCCUUUUUAUCUUCGUGUUGGUUUUGACAUUCUUCAAUCGCUUAAUACGUUUGCAAGGGUGAAGUGUGGCUAUGCCACAGUACACAAUGUUGUUGAUAAAUCGCUAGAAGAUCGAAUGGAAUCGUUUUUCCUUUCUGAAACCGUUAAAUAUCUGUAUCUCCUGUUCGACGUUAAUAACGCAGUGAAUCGUAAUGAAGAACGUAUUAUGUUUACCACUGAAGGUCAUAUAAUACCUAUUGAUAAACGUAUAAGAGAUCCGGUUUAUGAUGCACCUCAGUAUUUUUCUCGCAAUCAUUCAUGCAUUGCGUUUAAACUUGAUCGACAUCGGCCACCGUUGGAUCAGUCUCGUCUUGCUCAAAUAUUCCGUAUAGCUGGCAUGAGUCGAAGUGGUAAACGAUGGACAAAUUUUGUUACUGGCAUGAAAAAGUUUAAUUCAUUAGCAUCGAUUGAUUCGAAAGAGGUGAUUAUUGAAGGGAGCAGUAAUGAACCUAAAGUUUCUCAUAUACCAUCAAGUGUUCGAUUUUCAUGGCUUUCAACGAAUCCAAUAAAUUUGAUGUCAACACAAUCGUCACCUGAUUUUGACCUUGUAUCCGUAGAUACGCAUUAUUGUGUUGUAGAAGGGAAAUUGUUACCAUCAUCAUGUCUUCGUGCCUUAUUCAAAUUGAAACGAACUGGAACCCGAUUUAUUGUUGAAAAAUACAUUCCAAGUUCGUUAGCAAUGUUCUUUGCUUGGAUUGCACCAUUUGUACCGUACAAUUAUGAGGAAGUACGAAUCAUCACACCAAUUUCU